GUGGGGAGCGGGCGGCGCGCCGGAAGUGCGUCAUCGCCGCUGGCCGCGAGCGGAGCGGGGAGGGAGGUAGAGGAUGAGCAAAGGGCGCGAGGGAGCCGCUGCGGGCGGAGGCGCCGCCGCCGUCCUGCUGCGGUACCUGCAGGAGCAGAACCGGCCGUACAGCGCCCAGGACGCCUUCGGCAACCUGCAGCGGGAGCACGGGCUGGGCAAGGCGGCCGUGGUGAAGGCACUGGAGCAGCUGGUGCAGCAGGGCCGUAUCCGUGAGAAGGCCUACGGGAAGCAGAAGAUCUACUUUGCCGACCAGGAGCAGCUCCCGGCUGCCAGCGAUGAAGAGCUCCGCAGCCUGGAUGGGGAGAUUGCCACGCUCUCCGGCAAGGUGCAGGAGCUGCAGCAAAGCUGCCGGCAAAUGGAGGCCGAGCUGAAGGAGCUGAACAGCUCCAUGACAACCCAUGAGGUGGCCAGAGAGAUCGAGGAAUUGAGGAAGGACUGUGCAAGUUACACAGAGAAGCUGGAGAGGAUCAAGUCUGCCACCAACCAUGUGACUCCAGAAGAAAAAGAGAAGGUCUGCAGUGAGCAGAAGCUGUACUGCAAGGAGUGGCGGCGGAGGAAGCGAAUGGCAACCGAGCUGCUGGAGGCCAUCCUGGAGGGGUACCCCAAAAGCAAGAAGCAAUUCUUUGAGGAGGUUGGGAUAGAGACAGAUGAGGACCACAACGUCACGCUGCCGACGGCUGUGUGAGCCACUGAAGGAGUCUUUGGCCCAGGGGGAAGGAGCUGAUGCUGAGACUCAGCUGUUGGGUUGUUGAUUUUGUCUCUUUUUGCAGGGCUUGGGCUCAUCCUGUGUAUAUGCGUUUGUUUUAAAAUGCUUUGCAGCUGGAAGGGUGGUCGGAGCGACUCGGCCCUGGGCCCUCUCACUCUCACUUGCAGAGGGAAUGUGUUUUCCUGCCCGCCAGGGCAGUGAGGUGUCAAGGCUGGGUGUCCUCACGGGGCUGCGCAGGGGAGGCUGUGAGUGAGCAAGUGCAGUUACAGAGUCCCUGGUGUUCUGGUAAGAAAAGGAAGCGAAUGAAAUAGUGACCCCUUAGGCUGCAGAGCUCUUCGUGUAUUUCAGCUGCUUCCCGCAGCGUGACUCAGUGGUACACCAGAACACAACCCAUUAAACACCAGGCUUUCGGUUCA